AUGGCGACUCCAUCGGCCAAACCAGGCGCAACGCCAACCCACCUGUCCUCUCCGCACCCGUCCUCCGCAGCUCUCUCCCGCUCCAUGGCUCAUAAGUCCCCUUCGACAAGAACUCCAACAGGCUCGGGGCCUGGCCACUCUCACCAGCUGAGCACCUCUCAUCAAUAUUCCACGCCUCUUGCCGUCACAAGCGCGGUCGAUGAUCCGGUCAAUUUCAGUUCUCCAUCAGCGCUGCUCGCGCUCAGUGGUUAUGCGGGUAUCAGUCCCUCCCCCGCUGUUCACGACAGUCUUGUUGGCUCCGGCAUGAAUGAAAAUGAUAUCCAAAACCUGGGAAUGCAAGGUAUCAAGCUAGGCGUCGCGAGAGAUACUGAGGAGGAAAUGAGACACCGAAUUGAGGAAGUGGUUCAAAGUCUACGCGCUGCCGUGGCCGGUCGAGGUAUAUCUCGCGAAGGUAUUGAGCGGUUGGGCAAGAUCGAAGGAUUCGAAUCAAUCUGGACGUUCGACAAUCUCAAUAUCGCUGGCAACUUUGUCGACCUCGAGAUUGACUUCUAUCCUAAUGAGGCUGAUAUCGUCAAGGAUGUCCGCUUGCAAUAUGCCACACCGGAACAUCAGGAAGGCGAGCUACGAGAGGAAGCUACCUCUGUUCUCAAACGAAAUCUUGUCCAAUCUCUACAAGAUGGCGAGACUGGAAAAUGGAGGUCACUCCAAGGGUUCUACGAGAAUUUGCAAUGGUUGGCAAAGCUUGAUAGGCUCAGCCAAGAGGUGAAUUGCUUUGAAGCCUUGGAGGGCCUUCAGGAGAAUCUCAAGCGGGUCUGGGUUGAAGAGGGAAAGAACAGAAAGUACAGUGGUGACUAUGAACAUCUCUGCACAGGAACGAUAGGUCGUCCGAGCAUGCACAAAGGCUCUCGAAUCGGUCUUGGCUUGGAGUACUGGAUCGAACAAGCUAAAAUCCUUGAUGCGAAGAAGCGGAAGAACCCCGACGCAAUGGCAAUUGAUCGACCGCAAGACCAGGCAGACGAAGAGAUGCAUGAUCAGGAAAAGACAUGGGCUAUCAUGCUUGAAUGUGAGGAAGGAUAUCCAUCUCUCCGCAUAUCGAAGGAAUGGGUUGGGAGUGAGGUGUCAACGACCGGCGAGAAAACCAACGAAGAAUCUUCACCUGAAGCCACUGGAUCUGUAAACUGGCUCGAUCCGCCACAGACAAUGCGCUUGUCGCAUGGUGAUCACCCCGACCCCAUGGUUUUGGACUCUAGCAUGCUCGAUUCCACUUCUCCUAACCGUCGAUUUGUCGCGAGGCUAGAGCCAGCUCUUGAUAUGCCAAUUCCUGUGGCAUCUGAGAUCUAUAGACACCUUGGAAUGCAGCUGCCACAAGACUUCAAAAUGGUCACAUACGACGGCUUGUUGGUAUCAGACGGAACGCCGCUAUCAACAGACACUUCACCUCAAUUCUCUCGGAAAAAGCGCCGGAUGUCAGUGCAGGCAUUUGAUUCGACUGGUGAUCCGUGUACGAAACAACACAGCUACACGUUCCAGGCAUUCGAGUCUGUUGCAGGUCGUACAAUCCGCGACCUACCUAUUUCACAUCCUCGGCAGCUUGCUGAGAUUCUUCCGAUGUUCCGUCAAUAUGCUUUACUUGCGAGUUUGAUCCGAAAGGUCUUUCACCCUUCUGCCAAGGGAAAGAAAGACCAAACCCAAUCCUCAAAAAUGAAAGCAACACCAAUGAAACCCCCAGCCCCUGCCAUUCAAGAACCAGUGUUCGUUACUGGCAAAGAGGGCACCAUCACGUUGACCAAUGAGGAUCCAAACGAGGAAAUGCUCAAUAGUCUGUUCAGUAAUGGCUCAUCAAGUCAAAGUGAUGCCACGUCAACAGCCUGGCCAUUCAAUAACGUCAGCAGAAGCCCAAGCCAUAUUUUCAAUGACGACGUCAAGGUGGACGUGACCCUGCGCACACAACUCGGACAGGCUCCAGCCCUCAUAUUGUUGAUCACGGAUCCCGGUAAAAGCGCCGAGAGCUAUGUACCUGAACCUGUGCAACUUGCAAUCUGCGUCGAAGUCGGCCUCAAUGGACGUAUUUCGGUGGUGGAUUCCUCCGGGCUCGGCGCCGACAAUCAACAGGACGGUGGCGAUGCCGAGAUGCAAGGGACGGGAAACCCCGAAACACAGCUGCAGGAGAUCCACAAAAAGAUCGCCAGAGUUCUGGAGAUCUCACAAGACCUGGGCAUCCUAGUCGAGUGGGUCCUGCGCUGGCAGCGGCAGCGGGCCGGCAGCGGGCGAGGCGUGAUGCGUCAGGUGUGA